AUGCCUGGCGUCGCUAAAGAGGCUGUCGUGCCCAUUGAGGCCGUGCUUUUCGCUGUAGCAUCCUUCCUUGUUCUUGCCCGAUUAACUCUUCGAGCUGUCCGUCAACGUCAGAGCCUCACCGUCAGUGACUGGUUUCUUAUCGCAUCAUGGUUCGAUGCUGCCGCACUCUUCGGAACCGAUACGGCUUCAUACAACUUGGGAGGAAUGGAUGAAUACGAUCCGGAAGCACCACCGCGAAGCAUCGAAGACCAGGUCGCUUUAGCCAAGAUCUCGUUUGCUGGGAACUACUUCUAUGAUACUGGAAUCUAUCUACCGAAGCUGGCUUUGCUGGCACUUUACUUCAAGCUCAUUCCGCAGACACUUCCAAUGUUGCGCAAGGCGCUCUAUGCCAGUACUGCAUUGACUGGAACGUUCAUGGUAACAACCUGUUUCCUAGAUACAUUCUGGUGCGGUGCCAAUGUCGCGGUGAAUUGGGAUCCAGAAGGGGGCUGCAGCACAUUCGAAUCGAAGAUGGUGUUUCGCAUCGACUGGGGAAUGAACCUUGUUUCAGACAUCUUGGUAUUCCUUCUACCUUUUCCUCUUCUUUUCGGUCUUCAACUUAGUCGGCGCUACAUGGUCGGUCUCAUUGCCAUAUUUGCGUCGGGAAUCAUCACAGUGGGAGCAAGUAUUGGCAGAUUUAUCACCAUCGAUACAAUCCACGCAUGGACAAAUGUUUAUGUGUUGUCAAUGACUGAGCUUGCGGCUGCGAUUGUCGUGGUAUCUCUUCCAGCAUUGAAGUCUCUCCUCCACGGCUUUGGCCUACGCUCGACAAAACAAGGAACAACGCAAACAGGUUCUGGGUAUCACAAGCACUCAGCAACAGUUACCUCAUCGAGCCACUUCAACAUGCUUUCUAGCGGCCGAGACCGUAAUGCUGAGCCCUAUGGGACCACUGCUCGCGUGGCAGCCGUCCCUGAGGAAGACUCGGGAAGUGAAGUGGAGCUGACGAACCUUCAAGGGAUCUACAAGUCGGCCCGCAUUUCGGAAUGGAUCCUUCUUGCAGUAUCGUACCUCUUCGUUGGCCUCCGAAUCUAUGCUCGUCUGUUCCGUGCUCGCCAGAAACUCGAUGCUUCAGAUUGGCUUCUGGUCGUCUCAGCUUUCAAUGCUCUAGCUCUCAUUAUCUGCGAUACACUCACGUACCAGAUGGGUGUCUUGGAUGAAUACAAAACGUCAGUCAAGCUCUCCAAGAUCUCUUUCGCGUCGAACUACUUCUACGAUUUCGGGAUGGGGUUUCCCAAACUGAGUAUGUUGGCCUUCUAUUGGGCAUACUUCCUGCCCUCCAAUGGUGUUAGCUCUGCCAUGCGAAAAACUCUAUACGGCAUCACUGCAUUUGUCUGUAUAUCAUACCUUGUCAUUCUCUUUGACGAUACCUUCUUCUGCGGAAAGGAUGUUUCUGUUCAGUGGUCUCAAGAAGAGGGAGCAUGCAGUGUUUUCUAUGCACCUGAGCCCUUCAUUCUUAACUUCACCUUGAACCUGGCUUGCUAUUUUGCUGUCUACGCUCUUCCCCUUAUCCUACUCGUUCAAGGCGUUCUCAAGACCUCCACUGGUGUCAUGGUUACAUUUGUACUUGGAGCUCUGACGAUCUGUACCACGAUGGUUCGAUUCAUCACCCUCAAGGUCGGCACUGGACAAGAAAACCUUGUCUACCCACUCAGCAUGGUUGAGAUGGCGCUUGCCAUUACGGUUGUUGCCCUUCCUGGGUUGAGGCCACUCGUUAGCCGUCCUAUGAAGCAUGAGACUGCUAAUGAAAGCUUUUAUGUUAAGAACUAA